AUGUUCUCAUAUUCCUCAUCCAUCAUUUCUAUAAAUCGAAAUAAUUGCGAAAAUCUAACAUAUUAUGUUAAUGGAAUCAUAAUUGACAAAUCCAACAUAUUACAUUAUGUUCAUACAGGCCUUUCUAGAGGUGCCAAAUAUGGCAUCAUAGUCGGAGUUGGAAUACCCGGGCUAGUGUGCAUAAUUGGACUAGCAUGUUACGCUUGCGGCAUUGUCCGGGCUUCCACCCUCCGGCGACAAUUAAACUCCGACCUACCCAACACAUUUUCUGAUCAAUGGCCCACCAUUAGGUCGGUUAAUGGGCUCGACCGGCCUACUAUCGAGUCAUAUCCAACCACGAUUCUUGGAGAGAGUCGUCGGCUCCCAAAACCGAGCGAUGGCACCUGCCCCAUUUGCUUGUCCGAUUAUCAACCUAAGGAGACAAUAAGGAGUAUUCCCGAGUGCAACCAUUAUUUUCACGCGGAAUGCAUAGACGAGUGGCUCAAGCUCAACAGGAGUUGUCCCUUGUGUAGGAAAUCGCCUGAGAGCACGUCCCCUUGCUCGUCUUCACCGUCGAUACUUGUUCAUCCACAAAUAUAG